GUGACAGAUCACAUGAUCAUGACAUCACCAAAGGUCCUUGAGCUCAGCAGGAUCUAGCAUCUACGCAGAUAUGGCUAUGACUGAGCAGACUCCAUGUUUCCCUAUGAGCAACCACACAAAGGAGCGGGUUACCAUGACCAAGAUGACGCUGGAAAACUUCUACAGUAACCUCAUCGCCCAGCAUGAAGAGCGAGAGCUCAGACAGAAGAGGCUAGAAAAAGUAAUGGAGGAAGAAGGCCUCCGAGAUGAAGAGAAAAAGAUGCGAAGGUCGGCACAUGCUCGAAAAGAAACAGAGUUUCUACGACUGAAGAGAACACGCUUGGGAUUAGAGGACUUUGAAUCCUUGAAAGUAAUAGGAAGAGGAGCUUUUGGGGAGGUCAGACUGGUUCAGAAGAAAGACACUGGUCAUGUGUAUGCAAUGAAGAUUUUGAGGAAAUCCGAUAUGCUGGAGAAAGAACAGGUUGGACACAUUCGUGCAGAAAGAGACAUCUUGGUGGAAGCGGACAGCUUGUGGGUGGUGAAAAUGUUUUAUAGCUUCCAAGACAAGCUAAAUCUUUAUCUCAUCAUGGAGUUCCUACCUGGAGGUGAUAUGAUGACCUUGUUGAUGAAGAAAGAUACACUUACAGAAGAAGAAACACAGUUUUACAUUGCCGAAACAGUGCUGGCAAUAGAUUCAAUCCACCGGUUAGGAUUUAUACACAGGGAUAUCAAGCCCGAUAAUCUUUUGCUGGACAGCAAGGGGCAUGUAAAGCUGUCUGACUUUGGACUGUGUACAGGGUUAAAGAAGGCCCACAGGACCGAUUUUUACAGAAACCUUAACCACAGUUUACCAAGUGAUGUUAAUUUUCAAAACAUGAACUCGAAGAGAAAAGCAGAGACAUGGAAACGAAAUAGACGACAACUGGCAUUUUCGACUGUAGGCACGCCAGAUUAUAUAGCACCUGAAGUUUUCUUACAGACUGGCUAUAACAAACUAUGCGAUUGGUGGUCGUUAGGAGUCAUAAUGUAUGAGAUGUUAAUUGGCUAUCCUCCAUUUUGUUCUGAGACACCCCAAGAGACAUAUAAGAAAGUUAUGAACUGGAAAGAAACAUUAACAUUUCCUCCAGAAGUUCCAAUAUCCGAAAAAGCAAAGGACCUUAUCUUAAGAUUUUGUUGUGAUUGGGAACAAAGAGUUGGGGCCUCAGGUGUAGAAGAGAUAAAAGCAAACCCUUUCUUUGAAGGUGUUGACUGGGAACAUAUAAGGGAAAGACCUGCUGCAAUACCUAUUGAAAUAAAAAGUAUUGAUGACACCUCAAAUUUUGAUGAGUUUCCAGAAUCUGACAUUCUUAAACCCAUGGGUGUUGCAAGCAGCCAUCCUGACUCUGACUUUAAGAACAAGGACUGGGUCUUCAUCAACUACACUUACAAGCGCUUUGAAGGGCUAACAGCUAGAGGAGCUAUGCCCACCUUUAGCAAACCCAGGAAAUGAUUCUAUCCCGACGUGGCCUGAUAUUCAUCUUAAACUUGCAUUUUCUUGAAAUGCUGGCAUGGAUGGUGCUGUUGUUGCUAGAAGUGCACCACUGGAAAAUCCAAGCUUCCACAUUUUUAUAGCCUCUGUCUCUUGGAGAAUGCAACAAACUGUGAAUGAUCACGGAAGGGAGUCCUGCUGCAGGUCAUCAUCCACAACCCAGUAUUGGAACAUUUGCCCCUUAGCACCGCAGGUCUCAUCUGCAGCAUUAAGGAAUAGUUGAAUUGUCUUGGCUGUGCUCUUCAAGUGAUUUGGAAGGAGGGUUACUUGGUACUCAAUGAAAGUUUGACUUGACUGUAUUCUGUCUCUACCUGUAUGUGUCUAUAGCUUUAAAAGGGUUGUGCAAGAAUGGGGGGGACCUUUGGCGACACACACUUGGCAGGACCUGUAAAGGAAAUAUUACGUACCCGCUUUGCCACUCCUUCUCCUCCAUGUCUUUAAUGCUCCACUGGGCUCCUUCAAUGUAAACAUCCGAUUUGACAUUGCUGCAGCCAAUCAUUGGCCGUAGCGGAGGCUUGAUCGCCUUGUGUCAUGUGAACAUUUGUCAUGACGUAAGGGGAGUUGGUCACUGCAGCGGCCAGUAAUUGGCUGCAACGAUGUCCUACCAGAGGGAGCCCAGCGGGAGCAUCGCAGGCCUGGAGGAGAAGGAGCGGGAAGCAGGUAAGUAAUUUUUCAUUUACAGGUCCAGCCAAAUUGAGGGGUAUUGCCCCCUCCCUUCCUCAUACUUUCACAGCUCCUUUGAAGGGAAACGGUCAUGAGCUUCAAUGAGUAUAAAAUACUGACAGGCUCCCUGUUCACAAACGGCUGCAGCCAUUCAGAAAAAAAGUUUAAAAAUGAGCUAGAAACAAGAAGAGACAUGGGUGCGGCUCUCUGCUGGCUUUUUCAGGCCGACUUGAUUGACCGGUCUCUCUCUAUGCACAGAUAAUGAGAGAUCUGUUAAUCAAGCCAAGCUAUUCAAGGAGUCGCCCCUUGUCUCAUCUCCCUGUUCUCGGCUAGUUUUCAAACUAUGUCUUCUAUGACGGGCCACAGUAUUUGAGAGUAAGAAGUAGUUGAUUGUGAACCUGGAGCCUGUCGUUAUUUCAUGCGGCCUGUGGUUACUGCACCAUGAAGGUCCUGAGAGGUUCCCUUUAAGAACGAUGUUUAGCUCCAGCUUUAUUAUGCACUUAUACAGCGUUAACUUGCGUAGGUAUGUAUGAUCCUUUAAGUCAACAAACUUGGUAUUUGGGACCCUAUUUCAUGCGAGUGUGUGUUUUUGGACUUGGCCUAUUUAUUUACAGUCAUUUGUAUAUUCAAGAAAUAUGUUCUUAGACAUAAUCACGUGUGAAAUAUUUGGAUUUUUUUCCCUUCAUUUCUUUAAGAAUGUUGUUUGCUAUAAAAUGGCAUAAAAGUGCUUUUUUUGUUCUUUUUCCAGUGGGAUGCACAAUCUGAAUGUGGUGCCUUACUCAUAAAAGGGCUUCGUUUUCAUACGGCUGUAUUUUCAUUGUCCUUAUGGUCUCUUUUCAGUGGAUCUGUGCUAUUUAAAUGGUUGUCUGUGAUUUCAUCUCUAAGAAAAGAUGGUGUUAGGGGGUGUUCUAGAGUUGGAACUUUUUUUUUUUUUUUUUUGGAGAAUGUGGUUGACUAAUUUUUUCAAGCCUUAAUGCAAAUGCAUGCUGGUGUUUCUCGUCAGCAUCAGCAAUAGAUUCACACUCAAGACCAGGGGAACCUAGUUGACUUCAGGUCACCGGAGAGAUUGGUAGCCAGCGUGGAACAAAGCCGCAGUCCUACAAGUGAUCAGUAGACAUGCCCAUUGAUCGACAUUAGUACUUACAACAUAAGGUUGUACUUUAUUCUUGACAUUCUUAAAGUGGACCUAUCUCCUCUCCUGACAUGUCUGUUUUAGUAACUACUUUCCUUCCCCAUCUAAUAACAAUUGUGGGCCCUCUUUUUUUUUAGAACUAUACGUUGUGCCAUUCCUAUGUUCCUAUUAGAAGUUUAUGAAUAAAUGUCAAGCUGGAUGUUACCAUUUUUUGGUGUGUCGCUGCACAGUCUGCCAUUGUACAAUCGUCGCUGUCAGUGGCAUGACUGUGCAGGGGCAUACACCAACAGGUAACACCCAAUUCCACAUUUAUUAAUAAAUGUCUAGCAGGAAUAAUAAAGGAAUGGCACAACUUACAGUUAUAAGAGAAAAUGUCAGGAGAGGUGACGGUCCCUCUUUAAUAUGUUUUUGAUGAUCAAAGGUUUGGGUUUCCUUUUUUGAGAAACUAUGCUAAGACCUUGGUAAUACUUAUCACUAAAUCUGUUUAAGGCUACAUUCACACAACUGUAUAUGUUUUG